AUGGCCGAUCUCUCGCAAGGGCUAAGAGAUGAUGAAUUCUUUCGAGCCUUAACACUGGAGCCAUCCCCUGAUUUCGACAACUUGUUAGGAAGAGCAUCUAGGUUCAUCAACCUGGAAGAAGCCCGACAGCAGAAGAUAGAAGAAUCUUAUCAGGCUUUAGGUGUCUCUGCAAAGGCGUAUCACAAAUAUCCCGCUAUCUCGUUUGGACCAGAAGAUGCCGUAGACCUCGAUGAUUUUCAUUGCGAUCAUCUUCUCAUCACAAUUAACGUGGGUGGAUACGACGUGGUUCGCGCUUUCGUUGACUCGGGGAGUUCUGUUGAUGUUAUAUCUUACGAUUGCUUCCGGCAAAUGGAGCUCGACCUCCCCAUCUUCCCAGUCACUACCCCGAUAUUCGGGUUUACAGGUGGAUCCUUGACCCCGGUCGGACAGGUUAAAAUCCCAGUCACCAUUGGGACGCCACCUCGCACGCGGACACAAACCGUCAACUUCGUAAUUGUCGAAGGAUCCCCCACCUCGUAUAACAUCGUGAUAGGCCGACCAAUGAUGCAUAUCUUCCAGGCAGUCCCCUCCACCAUACACCAAAAGCUCAAAUUCCCGGUAGAUGGGGCGAUAGGGGAGGUCAAGGGUGACCAAGCUCAAUCAAGAUCUUGUUACGUCGAAAUGGUCAAAAUGGCAGAAAAGGGACGGCGCAACACUUUCAUUAAAGAAGACCUGGGAGACGAGAAGCGCCCCCGAGUCGAUCCCGAAGAUAAGGUCGCUCAUGUACAACCCAUGGACGAGCUAAUGACGAUCGACCUGAUCCCUGGCACGACGAAGAAAACCCGGAUAAGCAAAGUGCUAGUCCAGAAGACCAAUGGGCAAUGGCGGAUGUGCAUUGACUUCCGAGACUUGAACAAGGCUUGCCCUAAGGACGAUUAUCCCUUACCUCGCUUAGAUCAGCUUGUAGACGCCACCGCUGGAUGCGAACUACUCAGCAUGAUGGAUGCCUCACAAGGAUACCAUCAGAUCCCAUUGGACAAGAGAGACCAACCCGCAGUCAGUUUUAUUACAGCCACUGGCACUACUGUUACGUAG